AUGCCCGACUCCGACGAACAAACCCGACUGAUUUCGGAGGAAGCUACGCGAGUUGCCGAAAGAUUCAUGGGCACGAUUGACGCAAACAUGGCAGCAUCCGGAUUUGAGACCCCCACUUUCCCCGAGUCUUACGACAUCGUAGUCAAGACCGUUACAGAUUGGGUGCAGACUGCAAUCGAAGCCGAAGUGAACGAAGAACAUAACGAGAACUGGAAGCUAGAGGACUCCCUCACAAAUGUGGACGUUCGAGCAAGGGCGAUUGGACUAUCCGUGUCAGGUGAGGUGCUUGUGUGGAACGCGAAGGUCGAUGGCGAUGGAUGGUCACUUACCAUCAAAACGCCCCUGAUAGAGUUGCCCCAGGCAUGA